GUCUCUCUGCUCCAGCACGCCUGACUCAAAUAAAUGGGGUUGCUACUUUUGCUCUUCAAGCUCUGCAGAAGCCUGACGAGGACUUAUUCAUUUGAAUCAGGUGCGCUGGAGGAGGGAAACUUGGAAAACAUCCAGGCCAGUGAUUCUGCAUGCCUAUGUUGACAUUUGUCUGUGUGGGCUGCACAAACACUCCCCCGCAAACAGCUCUUCAAACAGGAGUCAUUCCAAAGGUCUGCAGAGUGUUAGGAGGACGUGGCGGGCAGCCCUGACUUACCAGCUGUAUGUGAGUAGACAUGACGACAUUACAGCUCCUGGGUGUUCUCCUCCUGACCGCAGCCUCAGCUAAAGGUCAGUCCUACCACCUGGGCAGAUGCCCUGAGUCAACAGUCCAAGAGGACUUUAAUGCUGCAAAGUACAUGGGCACCUGGUAUGAAAUAGAGAAGCUUCCAGCUUGGUUCCAAACAGGAAGAUGUGCCCAAGCCACAUACAGUCUUCUCUCAGAUGGAACAGUCAGCGUUCGAAAUGAGAAUAUUUUGUCCGACGGAACUGUUGCAUCCAUUCAGGGAACCGCCAGAGUGAUAGAUCCUUCACAACCAGCCAAUCUGGGUGUCAGCUUCUUUAAAGGAGUUCCAGAUGCUCCCUACAUGGUUGUCUCCACAGAUUACCAGUCUUACGCUUUGGUUUACUCCUGCAGUGACUACUUUGGACUCUUUUACAUUGACUUUGCGUGGAUUCUGGCUCGCAGCCGGGCUCUAACUGAUGACAUCAUUAACCAGCUGCAUGACAAGUUGACUGCUAUCGGUGUGGAUGUAAACAGACUUAAAGUCUCAAACCAGACUGCUUGUGACGGUUACAGUCAGUAAAGCAGAUGAAUGUAAACUAGAAUGUGUUCUCAUACUUUUUGUUUUCAUGCUGAUGUGUGCUGUAGUUCCAAACUUUAAAACUCCUGGUAUAUGUUUCUAAUGAUAAAACAUUAUCUGUGCACGUUUUACUUUAGAGGGGAAAAAACAAAUAAAGAU